AUGCCUAUUGAAGAUGUAGAGAUUGAGGAUGUCAAUCCGGUUGUGCAUGCAGAGCAUGACGAGGACGACGAGUUAGAAACUUCACAUGGUCACCAUUCUUUCGACGAGACUCAGUUUCAUGAUAAUCAUGAAGAAAAUGUUCCUCAACAAAGUGAUGAGAGUGGUGCGGGGAACGCAGGAGCGGAGGAAGCACCGCAAGCCGAAAAUCCACCUUUGAUUGGAGCCAGAGUACGGCGUCCUCCACCUAAAUUGGUGGACAUUUAUGAUGCCGAACUUGUUGGACAGCCGCGUGAGGAUGCAACGGUGGCGUACCCCAUGGCCUGCUGCCAACCAUGUGAGUUAUGA